AUGCGUCCGUCCUUGUUGAGACUGGCAUCAGCCACCACUCCUCAGCGUGGUCUGAAGCCAAACCCCAUGGCUCUCCUCCCUCCUAUUCCCUUGUAUCGACGACUCCUACGUGCCCAUCGCAAGCACCUACCACCCGAGAUGAGACUUCUCGGGGAUGAGUACAUCAAGGCUGAGUUCAGAGCGCAUAGAAAGGUGGAUAACCCGGCUCAUCUGAUUGGGUUCUUGACAGAGUGGCAGAUGUAUGCGCAAAAGAUUGAGGGUGACCAGUGGGUAGGUGAUAAGCUAGAUGAGCAGAAGCUCUCCAAGAUGAGUGAUGAGCAAAUACACCAACUAUACGAGUUGAUGCAGGCAAUUCAAAACAGAGGCAAAGAGGGUGGUGAGCAGGAAUCAUAG